CAUGAGUUUUUGCAUUCAAGACGUCAGAAUGAAGUUCGAGCGUCCAAAGGAGAGUCAGGAGGAGGAUGUCCGCGUCCCCGAAUUUGAGAGUAUCAGACGGAGAUCGGACCAUGGAGCAGCGUAAAAUUCAAGUGUCAAGCCAUCCCUUCAGCGUUGAGUCGCUUAUAUCAAGCCACAAAACUAGUAAGCACUUUGAAAGAAGGCGUGCGGAUGUAUCAAGUCCAUUGCCUAAACCUGAGAUCAAGGAUUCUUGUGGUUCUUCUGGAAUACCAAAGCAUUUUAUGCAGAUUUUAUCCCUCAAAUCGGAAUCCCCUGAACCGGAUGACUGUACAUCAUGGGUGAUGAACUCUAGAUAUUCUCAACAAGGUCAGGCAAAUCCAUGUCCUCUCCGUAAGCACAAGAACAACCGUAAACCGCGCACACCGUUCACCACGUCCCAGCUCCUGGCCUUAGAGCGAAAGUUCCGGCAGAAACAGUACCUGUCCAUUGCAGAGCGAGCAGAAUUCUCCAGCUCCCUCACCCUUACAGAGACCCAGGUGAAGAUCUGGUUCCAGAACCGACGGGCCAAGGCCAAGCGUUUACAAGAAGCUGAGCUGGAGAAGCUCAAGCUGACCGCCAAACCUACACUGCAUCCCAGUUUCAGUCUGCCUUUUCCUCUUGGGACCCAGCUCCAUUCGGCUGUCUCGCUCUAUGGGCAGUCAUACCCCUAUCAGAGGCCUUUAUUGCCUGUUGCUCCAGUGGGGCUAUAUGGAACACCUUUAGGGUACGGCAUGUAUCACCUAGCCUGAAAGGAAAUGCAAUGAACUUGUGCUGUUUUUCUGGGGAUGUAUUGAGAGACAGUGUUUACAUUCCUGUGAAUAUUUCAUAAUGUGCCUUUGUACACAGGUCUUAAAAUGCCUGGAAUGAAAUUUGGGACAUUUUACCUCACUUUCCACUGACAGAGUGAUCAAAUUUUACCCUGUGGAUGGAUAAUUCCAUUGCCAAACCUUUUUGUACAGUAUAUUUGUGUCAUACGUCAUUAUGUAAUAUAUUGUAAAACUAAUUAUUUCUUGUAUAAAAUUGUCUGAGAUAAAUUCCACUGCAAUUGAUGCUGAUGUCUGUCUUUGCUACUGUAUAAAAGACAAACAGCUUUUUAACGUACAUUUCUGAAAAUAAUUUAAAUGGCAAGGUGAUUGGUUCAAGAUAACUGUUUGUAUAUUCAUAUUGAGAAGUUACAAACGUUCAGUUAAAUUUUACAUCAAAAGUUUAAAGUUUUUUUCUCUUUACGCUCUUUGUUCAAAACGUUCCACAAAACCUACAACAAAGAAACUAGUUUCACAGAAUAUUAUAUAUGCAAUUAUGUCUUUGAAAUCAGUCACUUGUAACUAAAAUGUGGAACUUUUAUUGUUGUGCCACAUGUAUAUUUAUACUGUAAUUAUACUUUACUAUAAUGCCUUUGAAAGGUGUUGACGUGUUAAUAGUUUCUAAGUCUUAACAGCAUUUGACAUUUUGCAACAAAAAAUAAACACGAUAGCAUUUGUUUAUUAAUUUGUUUAUUAAAUUAAUACUUGCUGUAAUAUUUUAAAAAGCAUGUGAGAAAGUUUCAUUCAGAGAAGAUUUUUUUGGUUGUUCAGCUUUGAAAUCAUCUAGACUACAUAAAGAGGCCUAUUCUAUUCUAUUGUAUUCUAUAUGCUUGUAUACACGAGGUUGGGCGUUUACCAUUACAUUACUUAGCCAGGUGUUUCCCGGAAUUUAUUUCUGAGUAAAUCACUUAACUAUCGAUAAUGUGCCAAGUUCGUCCAUAAUGAAUGUGUGUGGACUGGGCAGCAUUGCUCAGAAAAGUCAGUCAUGUACAGAUUUCUUUUAGAGUAAAUUUGGCAACAAUACUUAUAAAAAAACUCUAAUGAAAAAACAUCAUAUUAGGCUUAAAAGAUUCAUAAUUCAUGUACAGAUGUGACAACUUAUGAAUCAAGGUUUCAAUACAUUUAAAACUGAAUAUAGAUUAAAUGAUUAUCUGUUUGGUAUUAUUAGUAGGAGUUUUUCUCAAAUAUUAGAGUUUAGUUGGGUUUCACUUCUUUACUGCCUUGUUAUGGCUUGUUCAUUAAGUUGUGGUUUUUUAAAUAAGGAGUUAGAGGGCACAUUUUACUACUUCCGCAUGACUUUGAUGCAGUGAGGAAAUGGUUUAUGGUCAGCGCUCUACUCACAAGCUUAUAUUAAUCAAAACUAGACCGCAGUCAUGCUAAUCAAACACAGGACCUCUAAAAUGUUUACGGAUGUGUUUUAAUGUCAGCUUUGUGCCACUUAAAAGAGUGCAGUGUAUAUGAGCAAUUUGCCUUAUCUUGUAAAAGUCAGAAUAAGAGUUGGUGCCUGAAGUUGAAUUCUUACAAAACUGUCAAGCUGUUUAG